AUGUGGGACAGGAGAGGACUUCUUGAGAGGAAGGAGAUGUUAGUGCAUUUGGAUGCUGGGGUGAAGGAUCCAGAGUCAGGCUUGACACUGGGGAGGCAGGGGGGAGAGAAAGCUAGGAGGGACCUUGGAGGACACUUGGGCUCCAGGUCAGGCUUGCCGGGCCCUGGAGCAGGAACCACCCCCCAUCUACACUCACUCCUCUCUUCCCGCGGGUCCCCCAAACCCUCUCUAGCUUUCUCUCCCUCUCUCUCUCCAGCAGGCCGCACUCGCAGCAGUCUCAGUAGUGGGAUGGGACGGACUCAACUUCAGUCGCCAGUGUCCAGAGGAGCCUAG